AUGGCCUCUUUAGUCUCCUCUUACGCAUAUACAUCAAAUACUCUGCCAGAUAUCAAAAAUGAAGAUUUCAUCAAAGACUGUGUUACAGUUCAUAACAAGUUCCGUUCAGAAGUGAACCCAACAGCCAGUAACAUGCUGUACAUGACUUGGGAUCCAGCAUUAGCCCAAACUGCAAAUACCUGGGCCAAAACUUGCCAGUUCAAACAUAAUGUACAGCUGCAUUCACCUGGUAAACUACACCCAAACUUUACUUCAUUGGGAGAAAAUAUCUGGACCGGUACUGUAUCCAUCUUUUCUGUGUCCUCAGCCAUCACAAGCUGGUACAAUGAAAUCCAAUACUAUGACUUCAGUACAAGAGCAUGCAAACAUGUCUGUGGCCAUUACACUCAAGUUGUUUGGGCAGAUAGUUAUAAAGUUGGCUGUGCAGUACAAUUUUGUCCUAAAGUUUCUGGCCUUGAAAAAUUUUCCAAUGUAGCACAUUUUAUAUGCAACUACGGACCAGCAGGAAAUUAUCCAACUUGGCCAUAUAAGAGGGGACCUACUUGCAGUGCCUGCAACAAAAAUGACAUGUGUUUGGACAAACUCUGUGCUAAUCGAGAACGAGACAAAGUCACACGUUACAAUUCUCUUCAGUACCCAGACUGGCCGGUGUCCUUACGUAACAGAUACACCUCUCUCUUUCUGAUUGUUAAAGCAUUCACUCUGAUCCUGACUGUUAUAAUUACCAUUUUGGUAAUGCACAAAUACCCUUAUUUGGAAAUUCUAGAAUAA